UGGCGGUAACAGAUCAAACAAAAACACGGAAACCAGUUAGUUAGCUGUUUAGUAAAAACUUUAUCAGUUUAUUAGAAGAUCUUAUCCGGCUACCAAAGAUGUCAAAUGAACAGACUUUGAAGAUUUUGUGCAUACAUGGUUAUAGGCAAAAUGGACAAGUUUUUAGGGAGAGGACUGGAGCUUUCAGAAAAAUAAUAAAGAAGCAUGCUGAUCUUGUUUUCAUGACAGCUCCAAACAGAGUACCACCAUUAGAAAGAGAUGGUGGGGCUGCUGACAGCACCAUAGAUACAGAUGCAAGAGGUUGGUGGUUUUCCAGAGGUGAAGAUAAUUAUUACAAUCCUCUAGAUUACACAGACAGUUCCAAAGGUUUUGAAGACUCAUUACAGUGUAUAAUACAGACAUUUAAAGAACAGGGACCAUUUGAUGGAAUAAUAGCUUUUAGUCAAGGAGCUGCCUUUCUGUCACUUUUAUGUAGCAUACAGCAAGAAGAAACAGCUUCUCCAAUUAAAUUUGACUUUGCCAUAUUUGUGUCUGGUUUUAAGAGUCGACAAAAAGAGCAUGGCCAUUUUUAUGACGUCACUAUAGAAAUACCUACCUUACAUGUGUUUGGUGAAACAGAUCAAGUGAUUGCAAAAGAGAUGAGUGAAGAUUUACUACAAUGUUAUAAAGAACCAAUGGUACUACAACAUGCAGGUGGACAUUUUAUACCAGCUUCCUCAGCUCAGAAAAAAAAAUAUGUGGAAUUUUUAGACCUGAUGAUUGCAAGGAAAAAAUAAAAAUAAAAUACUGA